AUGAUAAUAGUACCAACAGAUGAGGAGAGCUACAUCGUCAGUGGAACCCUUGCUUUCAUAGAGUUUGACGUGAGUGACAAAACGGAUAUGGCGUUGGAACACCUGUUGUCACGAAUGGGCUUGGAAACAAAACAGUUAAACGAAAGUCACUACACUGGCAGCCACAAAGGCAACGCUGCGAUGUCAGCACUAACGCUAUUGGCCUUUUUGUUCUUCCUGCACAUACUACAGCAAUGUUUGAAAGAACACAUGAUGGCCAUGAGCACACCGCAAGUCAUGAUAAUGACCGCGGGCAAAGAAGGCGACGAGAGUGUUGCCAAAUUGUCACGUAAUAAUAAAAUCGAUAAAACUGGUGUUCCGCGCGCGGAUGAGGCAAAUGAUGUAAAAACGUUUCCGGACGAGGAAACUGUAGCUGAGAGUCACACGAGCACCGGCCCCUCGCCGCCGGAGAAUUUUUUGAAAAUUAAAAUUGCCGAGCACAGGCCGCGAGAUGGUGCGCAUAAAUACAAAAUUAUCAAAAACCACGUAUUCAAUGACGAGAAG